GCUUAGGUCAAUUGGUAGAGCCCUGGACCGGCAAUCCAGAAGUUGUGGGUUCGAGUCCUACAGGUGGCUAACCCUUUCAGUGACUUUCUUCUUUCAUCGCUAAUUCCACGCUUAUCCGUCCGCCGCGGCAUCGUUACUGAAGUACAGCCCCACUGCUCGCCGCAGGAGGCUGACGAGUAUAUAUGCUGCAUGACUGUAGACAGCUGUUGCUGUUGACGCCGAUGUACGCUGCAUCACCCAACAUGUGCUGUUCCCUGAUUUUUGUACACGUCAGAAACUGUUGAUCGUCAACGGCGCUCCAUGUCGGCGACACAGCCGUCAGCUACGGCCACUGGAUCCGAACGAUACAAGCGACUGCCCCCUACACAUGUGCUGGCCGCGGACGGACUGCACCCGAGCUUCCGUGGUGUGGAGGAGAUUGCCCAGCGCCUCCAGUUCCUGUUGCCGGGAUUCGUCCGACGACUGAACAAGGAGCACAGGUCACCUGCAGUCCCGGACCCGUGGUGGCCAACGCUGAAGGAGGCGGACAUGCUGGAGGCUAGGACACCAGCUGCACGAAGGAACGGAGGACGGACGGACUGACUAACCGCCGGUGAGUCCACUUCAGUUUACCCCCAGCUCGCAUCCGCUUCCAGCACCACCGAAUUUUUUAAACUUAGAAAAUUGGCAGACAAGCUUACGAGAUUCGAAUCGCACCUCGACAUGCUAGAAACUUACAAUGAGAACAAGUCAUUCCCCAAAGGUCUACAAAUUAAGGUCAGGCCCACAUUCCAACUACACGCAGAAGAGCACGUACUUUGGGAGAAGGUCCUUGAACAGGCCAGUCUGAACCUUACCGAAAUUCUACUAUCCCAUUGUCGCAGUACAGUAAAUGAUCUAAGUGAGGAGCUCGCAGUAGCUACUAGUACAUCACAAAUUUCGGAUCAUCACCGAAAGGAGUUGGACCAUUUCAUUCAAAAGAAAAAGAAUCACUUAACCGUAAGGAAACAGAAGAAGUUAGCCCGCGAUGAUAUACCCCUGCCGAAUGACACCGCAGUGACUGCGCCUCCCACUGCAAAUCCCGUAGAUACAGCACCCGACCCCCAACCGACACCCAUUGCUCCCGCUGCAAGUCACGUAAAAAAUAAUGUCGUGAAUUUAUCAUCCGCAACCCUCACUGACCACGAACUCUCACUUCUUAAUCGGGGGCUGUCCUUCUGUCCAAACGGUGAUCUGUACAACGAAUAUCAGCUUCAUUUGGAUUUAGAUAACUUCGCAAGACAGUUGCGUCUCAAAGAAUAUUUUCAUGACAAAGCCAGCUCAUCGCGAAACCAAUUCGGAGCCCCGUCAAAUUUCACUCCUGAUUCGAACCGAGAAAAAGCUUUAGAUAUGUACAUCAAAGCUGUUCAAAGGGAUAUCCUGCGAGCCUAUCAAAAUUCUGACCGCGGUGCAGUGAAACCUAACGUUACUAAAGCGGAGCAUGACAGUAUCUCAGCCUUAAAGCAGCGCAGUGAUAUAGUAAUCAAAAAAGCAGACAAAGGUGGUGCCCUAGUAAUCAUGGACAAGGAAACCUAUAUCGCAGAAGGAAUGCGGCAGCUCGGUUGCCAAACAUUCUACAGGCCCCUAGAAAAUGAUCCCACCAAUGACAUCAGCACCAAGAUCACAAAAACCUUAAAGGGAUUGAAGGUCAGUAAGAAAAUCGACGAUAACCUAUUCGAGUACCUUCUGCCACACGACCCCAAACCAGGCCGAUUUUACAUGCUCCCUAAAAUUCAUAAGCCAGGAAAUCCCGGUCGCCCCAUAGUAUCUUCGAAUGGCACAUCAACCGAAAAAAUCUCCACGUUCGUUGACCACCUCCUCAAAGACAUCCCCCCAAAAUUCCCGUCAUACAUAAAGGAUACGAACCAUUUCCUCCAAAUAAUUUCGGAUAUCGAAGUCCCGACCGGUUCCCUGCUUGUAACACUCGAUGUUACCUCAUUGUACACCAAUAUUCCUCAUGAUGACGGCAUCCAUGCCACUGUCGUAGCAUAUGAAAAAUUUUCCGAAAAACCGUACGACUCUGCUGUCGUAGAAACACUAAUUUCUCUAAUACUCACAUGUAAUAAUUUUGAAUUUGACAACAGGCAUUACAUUCAAAUUAACGGCACAGCCAUGGGCACGAAAAUGGCCCCAAAUUACGCGAAUAUCUUUAUGGGUGAUCUAGAAGGACGGUUCCUUAGCACCUGUCAACUUAAACCCCUAAUUUUUAAGCGCUUUUUGGACGACAUAUUCAUGCUGUGGCCACAUUCUGAAGACUCGCUUCUGUCUUUCAUUGAAAACUUCGGUAACAUGCACCCCACAAUACAAUUCACUCACGCUUAUUCUAGAGAGAGCAUAGAUUUUCUAGAUGUCCAUAUAGGCAUAUCCAAUGGCACCCUCGUAACAAAUCUGUACCGAAAACCGACUGACUCCCAACAGUACCUAUCAUUUCACAGCUGCCAUCCCCGACAUACAAAAUUGGCCAUCCCGUAUAGUCAGGCCCUCCGCUACCGGCGCAUUUGUUCCCAAGAGGACGAGCUGGACGCAAACCUUAACGAUCUUCAAAACACGCUGGUCAGCCGAAACUUCCCCCAGGAUCUCGUGAAGGACGCGAUAUGUAGAGCCCGCCGUACUAAUCGCAGUGAACUUCUAAAAAACUCAACACGCCCCGAACGCCCCAAGCGGGUUAAUCUUACAGUCACCUUCAAUGGCGCGAUCCCUAACCUUAAAAACAUACUGAAACGUCAUCACCCAAUUUUAACACAGUCGCAGCGCCUUGGAGAAAUAUUCCCAGAACCGCCACGCAUAGCAUAUCGUCGUGCAAGAAAUCUUCAAGACCACUUAGUCAACGCAAAAGUCAAUAAGCCACCUCCUACAACCGAAAGCUGCCACCCAUGCAACGGACGAAGAUGCCAAAUUUGUAUUGUAAUGCAGACUGCAGACAGGGUACAAAGCACAAACAGCAACUUCCAAGUAAAAAUCAAAACUACUUCUGACUGCAACUCAUCCAACGUAGUAUAUCUAUUGGAAUGCAACGCAUGCAAAGCACAAUAUAUCGGCCAAACUACAACAUCAUUCCGAAUUCGUUUUAAUAAUCACAGGUCCGAUAUUACAAAGAAACCAAAUCUCCCUGUGUCGCGUCAUUUCAAUCAAACCGGCCACUCAUUCAAAGACAUCCACGUGUACAUCUUACAAUCUGGUUUCCCCUCAGACCGUAGCAGGCAACAGCGUGAAUCAUUCCUAAUCCACAAAUUCCAGUCCACGAUAAACGAAGACCCCGGCGUAUUGUCUACAGUUCGCAGCCUUAGCUCCUAGACCAAGUCCCCCGACCCUCUUUCGUUCUUUCUGCCGUAUCUCUCUUAUCUUUUCAGGUUUAUCAGACGACCAAGGAGUACUCUCCUGGAAGACAGCCAACGCUCCUGCAAGUGCUCAAUGGACCAUUAGCAACAACGCUCCUGCAACAUCACCAACUCCGCUCCACGUGCACUGUUCCCCUCUCAUUUUCCCCCUUUCCCUUGUAUAUAAGCCCUUGUCACCUAUUUCCAAGUGGAGUUCUGUUGAAGGCAGCGCUGACUGCCGAAACGUCGACCCCGAACUGUAAAUCUAUUCCUAGCGCCCCCUUAAUUAUUAAUGUAAUAAAAGUAGCAAGUGUUUUUAA